AGUAAACAGGGAAGGAACAUCCAAAGAGGUGAGCCUUUACCUCUUUAUUUCACCAGAAUUGAACACGAUCGGUUAUUUAUAUUGACACGUCACAGCCCAGACGCCUUAGUUUACCACGCUGUAACGUUUACUGGAAAAAAAACACAGGGUCAAAGAAGGUGUGGCUGCUCUGUGUCUCCUCCUCCUGCAGCCACAAUGGUGGACUUUCUGGCAGAGAACAACCUGUGCGGCCAAGCCAUCCUUAGGAUUGUUUCCAGAGGAAAUGCCAUCAUUGCUGAGCUCUUGCGCCUCUCUGAUUUCAUCCCAACAGUUUUCAGGCUCAGGGACAAGAGUGACCAGCAGAAAUAUGGAGACAUAAUCUGUGACUUUAGCUACUUCAAGGGUCCUGAAUAUUACGAAGGGAAGCUGGAAGCCAAACCUGACCUUCAAGACCUGGAUGAAGAGUUCAGAGAGAACAACAUUGAGAUUCUGUCGAGGUUCUAUCUGGCAUUUGAGAGUGUCCACAAGUACAUAGUGGAUCUCAACAGAUAUUUGGAAGACCUACAUGAGGGUGUUUAUAUCCAGCAGACCCUGGAGACUGUUUUGCUAAAUGAGGAUGGAAAACAGCUUCUAUGUGAAGCUCUCUAUCUGUACGGAGUUAUGUUGCUGGUUAUUGACCAAAAAAUUGAGGGGGAAGUCCGAGAGAGGAUGCUCGUUUCUUACUAUAGAUACAGUGCUGCCCGUUCAUCUGCGGACUCCAACCUUGAUGACAUCUGCAAGCUCCUGCGUAGCACUGGGUACUCCAGCCAGCCUGGAGCCAAACGACCAGCCAACUAUCCAGAGAGCUACUUCCAGAGAGUUCCCAUCAGUGCCCCCUUUAUCAGCAUGGUCAUUGGGAGGCUGCGCUCUGACGACAUCUAUAACCAAGUGUCGGCGUACCCUUUGCCAGAGCAUCGUAGCACAGCACUGGCUAACCAGGCAGCCAUGCUGUAUGUCUGCCUUUACUUCAGCCCAUCCAUACUGCACACACAGCAGGCCAAGAUGAGAGAGAUUGUGGACAAGUACUUCCCUGACAACUGGGUUAUCAGCAUCUAUAUGGGGAUCACAGUGAACCUAGUGGAGGCCUGGGAACCAUACAAAGCUGCCAAGACUGCUCUCAACUACACGCUGGACUCUGCCAACAUCAAAGAGCAGGCCACUAGGUACGCAGCCAGCAUGGAGUCCCUGAGGCCACAGGUGCAGCAGCUGCUGAAGGAAGGUUUCCUGAGGGAGGAAAUCAUCCUAGACAACAUCCCCAAACUGCUCAACUGUUUCAGAGACUGUAACGUUGCCAUUCGCUGGCUUAUGCUGCACUCUGCAGAGUCAGCCUAUGACCCAAACAACAAGCGACUGCGCCAGAUGAAAGAGCAAGUUCUCAAUGACUCCAAGUACAACCCCAGGAUCCUAUUCCAGCUCCUGCUUGAUACUGCACAGUUUGAGUUCACGCUCAAAGAGAUGUUCAAGCAGAUGCUGUUAGAGAAGCAGCUCAAUUGGGAGAGCUACAAGAAGGAGGGAUCAGAGAGAAUGACUGAGCUGGCUGAAGUCUUCUCUGGCGUCAAACCACUCACCAGGGUGGAGAAAAAUGAGAACUUACAAGCCUGGUUCAGAGAAAUCUCAAAGCAGAUUGAGUCUUUAAAUUAUGAGGACUCUACAGCUGCUGGGAGGAAGACAGUUCAGCUCAUACAGGCUCUUGUAGAGGUCCAGGAGUUCCAUCAGCUGGAAUCUAACCUGCAGGUUUGUCAGUUUUUGGCUGACACCAGGAAGUUCCUGCACCAAAUGAUCCGCACCAUCAAUAUCAAAGAAGAAGUCCUCAUUACCAUGCAGAUAGUGGGAGACCUGUCUUACGCAUGGCAGAUUAUUGACAGCUUCACAGCCAUUAUGCAGGAGAGCAUCAGAAUUAACCCGUCCAUGGUCACAAAACUGAGAGCUACAUUUCUGAAGCUGGCAUCUGCGCUCGAUCUGCCGUUGCUCCGCAUCAACCAGGCCAACAGUGCUGACCUGUUGAGUGUCUCACAGUUCUAUUCUGGAGAGUUGGUGGCUUAUGUGAGAAAGGUGCUUCAGAUCAUCCCAGAAAGUAUGUUCACUUCUCUGGCCAAGAUCAUCAAGCUUCAGAUCCACGACAUCAUGGAAGUGCCCACACGGCUCGAUAAGGACAAGCUAAAGGACUACUCCCAACUCGGGGCCCGCUAUGAAGUGGCUAAACUCACCCAUGACAUCUCCAUUUUCACUGAGGGCAUCCUGAUGAUGAAAACCACUCUAGUGGGGAUCAUUAAGGUGGAUCCUAAGCAGCUUCUGGAGGACGGCAUCAGGAAGGAGCUGGUGAAGAGGGUCGCGUACGCUUUGCACAAAGGUUUGAUCUUCAACCCCAGGACUAAGUCCAGUGAGCUGAUGCCCAAGUUGAAGGACAUGGCGGCCACCAUGGAUGGGUUCUACAGGUCGUUUGAAUACAUCCAGGACUACGUCAGCAUUUAUGGCCUUAAGAUUUGGCAGGAGGAAGUGUCACGCAUCAUCAACUACAAUGUGGAACAGGAAUGCAACAGCUUCCUCAGGACCAAGAUCCAAGACUGGCAGAGUGUGUACCAGUCCACCCACAUCCCCAUCCCCAAAUUUUCCUCUGUGGAUGAGAGUGCCACCUUUAUUGGUCGUCUCUGCAGAGAAAUUCUCCGAAUCACUGAUCCUAAAAUAACAUGCUACAUUGACCAGAUGAACACCUGGUAUGACUUGAAGAGCCACCAGGAAGUGACCAACAACAGGCUCUUCUCUGAGAUCCAGAACACUCUGGGUACCUUUGGCCUAAAUGGACUGGACCGUCUACUCUGCUUCAUGAUUGUCAAGGAGUUGCAGAACUUCCUGACAAUGCUUCAGAAGACAAUUCUGAGGGACCGAGCAGUGUUGGAUGUCUUUAAAGCAAUGCUGGGUGCUGUCAACCCAGUUCAGGGCAUUGUUGGUAAUGCCAGCAAAGUUUACAGCAGUGCUGUGGCCAAGACACAGAAGAUCUGGGGCACAUACCUGGAGGUCAUCAUGAAGGUUGGUCAGAUGCAGAUUCUCAGACAGCAGAUUGCUAAUGAGCUGAAUUUCUCCUGCAAGUUUGACUCCAAACACCUAGCUGCUGCCCUGGAGAACCUUAACAAGUCUCUGCUGGCAGACAUUGAAGCUCACUACCAGGAUCCAUCCUUGCCCUAUCCUAAAGAAGACAACACUCUUCUUUAUGAGAUCACUGCCUACCUGGAGGCUGCCGGCAUUCACAACCCUCUCAACAAGAUCUACAUCACAACCAAGCGCCUGCCUUACUUUCCCAUCAUCAACUUCCUGUUCAUUAUUUCUCAGCUGCCUAAACUUCAGUACAGCAAAAACCAAGGAAUGACAUGCAGGAAAGCCACGGAUCCAGUUGACUGGCCUCCAUUAGUGCUCGGCCUGCUCACCCUUCUCAAGCAGUUCCACUCCAGAUACACGCAACAGUUCUUGGCUCUCAUUGGCCAGUUCAUCCGGUCAAUCAUGGAGCAGUGUACAAGUCAAAAGAUCCCUGACAUGCCCUCUGAUGUGGUGGGAGCACUGAUGUUCCUCGAAGACUAUGUGAAGUACACAAAAUUGUCACGCAAGGUGGCUGAAGCCCAUGUGCCAAGUUUCAUCUUUGAUGAGUUCAGGACAAUUCUGUGAAGAUCUGGAUGAAGCGCUUCCUCAGACAAUUAUGCUGCCAUAGACUUGUUUUCACAGCAGACAGACUGACUCACAGGAUUACUACUAAUCAUGAAUGAUGGGUCUGUUCCAGUACACCAUGACACUGACUGUGAGCAGUGCAUGUUUCACCAGCACAAAGAGUGGGAUAGCAAAGUAAGGAGUUAGGAGGAGUCAGAUAUCAUUAAGCCUCGUUCACACUAUGAGAUGUUUUGCCCAAAAAUCCAUGGACAAAGACCUGCAGAUGCCCAGCUCUAACUCAUUUCCAGCAUGCUAGAAAUUUGAGAGACCACAACAAGAUGAAAACGUAAUACAACAGCGUGUCAUCAACAAGAAGAGGAUGAAGGAAAAAAAGAAUUGCUAACUUAUAAAUUGAAAGGUCAGCGUGGAGACAUGAAACAUGAACUCCUUCAGUUAUCACUUCUGUAAUGUAAACUCACAGUGACUGCAAAGACUCCUGUAUUGUAGAGAGAUCCUCCAACUCUGAAAGUCAUGUAGAGCAGGGUUGCUUGUUUCCCUUCUCCAACACACCUGAUUGAAAUGGUCAGAUACUCAGCAAGCACUGAUAGCAUGAUAACGACCCAUUCAUUUGAAUCAGGUGUGUUGGAGCAGGGAAACAUCUAAAACAAGCAGGGCAGUGGUUUAAGAAACCCUGUGAACUUGGCUUGAAUCUUAUUAUUUUCACAUUGACUCUUUGUCUUGUCACAUGUCAGAAUGUCUUCUGUGAAAAGGCCUAUUGAAUUGUUUACUUACAUUUCAUUGUCUUAAUGCACUAAUGAGAGAUUGUACAUAGAACUCUGAAAUUAUCUUUGAAUUAACUUGCCAACUACGUAGAUUAUCACUUUGUGCCAUUACUAAAUAACAUUCUUUAAUAAAUACUGUAGUUCAUAA